AUGCGCGCGCACGCGGGGCCGCGCGCGCGAUGCGCGCCGAGCGCGAGAACGAUAACGCCGAGCGCGCGCGCGGGGCCGCGCGCCGCGGCGACGCGCGAUCGCGGCGGCGGGCGGGGCGACGGCUCGACGCUCGGCGCGGCGGCAACGCGUCGCCGCGGGAAGAUAACGAUCGGCGACGUCGACGACGCGAUUCGCGCGCGCGACGACGCGUCCUCGCGCGGGGCCCCGGAGAGGAUAGCGCGCGACGUCGAGGCCGAAGACGACGCGAUAGGAACCCUUCGAGCGGCGACGCGCGCCGGGGUCGUCUCCGUCCUCGCCGCGGCGUUGAUGAGCUCCGCGUGCCCGGGGCGCGCGCUCGCGGACGCAUCGGAGCCGUCGACGUCGUCGUCGUCGCUCGCGUCGUCGUCGUCCGCCGCGUCGUCGACGCCGCCGCCGGGCGACGACGCGGCGUCCACCGCGACCGCGCCGCCGCCGGAGGCUGCGGCGGGGCCCUCGGACGCCGCGAGGCUGCCGAAUCCGCCGCCGCCGCUGAGCGCGAGCGCGCCGCUGCCGUCGGAGGUGAAGAAGCAAGCCAAGGCGAUGGCGGACGACGCCGCGCGAGACGGCGUCGCCGCGGGCGGGGACGCGGGAAGGAAGGAGUCCUCGAAAGAGAAGCGCGCGAACCGCCUCGAGGAGCUCAACGUCCUCAGGGUCGAGCUCGACACGAAAGAGUUGGAGCUGCGAGAGGCGGCGCAGGAGCUCUUGCGGCGGGAGCAGACGACGGCGGUGCUGACGGAGGAGCUGGAGCUGUCGCGGCGGCUCAACGACGUGUUAUCCGCGGAGCUGAAUCGCGUCAGGGAGGAGGGCAAGCUGUCCGUGGGGCUGUGCGCGCAGGGGCUAGGGUUGCCGUGA